ACCUGGCCAACCGGAAAAUCGCUCAGUGCAUGCGGCGUGAUGAUGGAAGCGUGCUCCAACUCCUACUCGGUCGGCAGUUUCUACGUCAUUGUUGAUCCCUCUGUCAUGGACGAUCGUCAACUUCGGUUGCCAGACAAAUUUGUCCAGGAACAUGGAGAUGAACUCCUUGAUACCGUCAAGAUUAUUGUUCCCACUGGUGAUUUCUGGUGUGUGGGCGUGAAGAAGGCUGGUAAAAUGAUUUGGCUUCAUGAUGGUUGGCAAGAGUUUAUGGAACAUCAUUCUGUCAACUGUUGGUACUUUUUACUGUUCAAAUAUGGACAGACCUCAUGUUUCAAUGUCCACAUAUUUGACCUAGCCGCUACUGAGAUUGAUUAUCAACUUAGGAGUCAUGGUAAUGCUAAAUCACGUGACGUUACUCAGGAUCUUUCUCACGGAAAGGAUAAAAUUGUUGGUGAUAAGGGUGUCACAAGCUCCGUUGAAAUUGUGGAUCUUUUGGAAACUGAGCAGGGACCAGAGAGUUCAGCUAAGUCAUCUGAACUUUCACAUAGAGCCAAAAGACGUAAAAUUGCAUCUGGAAAGAUUAAGAUUUCGCGCUGCUAUGAAACAAGAAGCAGAACAAACAAAUUACAUGAUAACGGACUGCUAUUAAAUGCGAAGAAUUUGAACAUUUCGGGCAAUGGCAGUUUAACUAAGCCAGUAGGUGGAAAAUUAGUUCGGCGAAGUAUGAAAACUCCUAUACACUCUGCAGUGGCAACUGGAGAUACAAGGAAAUCGUUCACGAGCAAGCAACGGGAGAAAUCUGUAGGGCUUGGAAGGUAUGAUCGUCGCAAAAGAGCACAACAGAAAGCAUCAGAAACGAGCAGGGCCAUUCAAACUGCCAAAAUGUUCAUUCCAGAAAAUCCUUACUUCUUGCAGAUUCUUGAAAAAUACAACAUAGUACGGAACUAUAUUCUGAAUUUACCAGUUGAGUUUGUCCGAAAGUAUAUGCCAAAGACUUCAGAACUAAUUGAACUUCAAGAUACUGAUGGAAAUAAGUGGAAUGUCCGUUGCAUUAGGAGGAAACAUCGGGUGCUUUUAAGCAAAGGAUGGUUGAACUUUGUUACAGAUAACAGUUUACUGGUAGGAGAUGUUUGCGUCUUUGAGUUGAUCAAGGACGUUCAGGCUGAUGAACUAAUGCUGAAGGUGCACAUGUUUCGCAAUAGGGUGGAAGAAAAUUCGAAAAAUUUACACACUGGUAGCCUAUCUGAACCAACCCUGUCUACUGGUAAAAACUGUAUACUUCAGUUCGAUGAAAGUAAGCAUACAGAGAGUUCAGAUGCAUUCGAACCAUUAUCUUCAGAUAGAACCAAUCACAAGACUGAUGCAGAGAAUUCAUCCGGACAGCAACAGGAGAAAUCCGUAGUGCAUGGAAGCUCUGGUAAUCGUCGUAAAAGAGGACGACCAAGGGAUGCAGAAGCAAACACUGAUAUAGAGAAUUCAUCCGGACAGCAACAAGAGAAAUCCGUAGUGCAUGGAAGCUCUGGUAAUCGUCGUAAAAGAGGACGACCAAGGGAUGCAGAAGCAAACACUGAUAUAGAGAAUUCAUCCGGACAGCAACAAGAGAAAUCCGUAGUGCAUGGAAGCUCUGGUAAUCGUCGUAAAAGAGGACGACCAAGGGAUGCAGAAGCAAACAGGGCAACUACUGCUGCCAAAAUGUUUACGCCAGAAAAUCCUUACUUCAUGAUAACUCUUGGAGAAUAUCACGUGGUGCGGAACUAUAUUCUGGUGAGCCUUUCUACCUAUACAAUAAACUAAUAGUUUAGUGUUAGGAGAUGCUUGUGUCUUUGAGUUGAUCAAGGGCAUUCAGGCUGAUGAACUUAUGUUGAAAGUGCAUAUAUUCCGCAAUAAGGUGGAACAAAAUUCAAUAAUUUGACGCACUUGUAGUGAUCUGAAUAAAUAUUGUCUAUCGGUAAAUGAGGGAGGUGAUAUUUUUGGAUGGUCUUCUUCGCCUUUUUUUUUCUUUCCAAUUGGAGCCUUGUAACUCGCUGUUGACAUGUCCAUAUUAGAAAUGCAGAAGCUAU